AUCGGGAUCGCGCUCAUCUGUUUUACUGGCAAAUGCCUCCGGUGUAAAAGGCCGAUCAUUAUGGGGGACCCAGGAUCCCGUGGCGGCGUGGAUCCUGACCGACCGACAGCUGCGCAAAGCUCAUCCAGGCGGUUUAUACCGGGAUAAAAAAAACAUUGUGCGUGUCUAAUAAUAAACAGGCAGUUAGUGAGCUGCAGACGAGGCGGUGUUUGUUGGGAUUCAAUCAGAGUAAGAGCCGCGACUGGUAGGUUAGCAAGGAGAGAGGGACGUGAGCAAACUGGAAAGAGAGCAGUUUUCAAUCUGACCGGAUCCAGCUCUGAAUUUCGAGAAUGAUGGAUGGAUUGUCGAUAACAAGCCAGUCCGGUCAGCCCAGCCCAGUCAGAGCAGGGCGGGUUCAUCCGGAGUGAAAUCAGUCGGCUCUUAUCUGUUGCCUUCUCCUCCGCCGGGCGGCGAUGUCCGCUUUCUGCCUAGACCUGCAGACGUCUGCCGUGGUUUCAGCACCACUGGAACUGGACAGCGACUGCAUGGAGCCCCGGGCCAGCCCCGCCGCUCAGGAGCCCGGCGGCUUUCAGGGUCACCCGCUGCGGCACGCCGGCUCUGGAGGCCUCGGUAUGGCCUUGGAGGAGGAACUGGCCAUGCUCACCGGGGAGCGGGACGACGGCGAGGAGCUGUCGGACCUAGAAACGCCUGCGGUGGGGCAUAACGCAGACUUGCUGUCGCUCUUCCGUCAAAAGGAAAAAGACUUGGUUUUAGCUGCUAAACUUGGCAAAGCGCUGCUGGAGAGAAACCAAGACUUGACCAAGCAAUAUGAGAAAAUGCACAAAGAUCUCAACGAGAAAUUAGAGCACUUGGAGCAGGAAAAGCACGAGUUGCGUCGACGUCUGGAAAGUCGAGAGGGGGAGUGGGAGGGCCGCGUGGCCGAGCUGGAGACGGACGUCCAGCAGCUGCAGGGUGAGUUGGAGCGCCACCAGGUCCAGCUGAGAGAAGCUGACAGGGACAAGACCAAGGCCAUCAGUGAGCUCUCUGAACAGAACCAUAGACUGCUGGAGCAACUCAGUAGGGCUGCAGAGGUGGAGAAGCAGCUGUCCACUCAGGUCCAUUCAUUACGGGACGACUUCAGGGAGAAAAGUAUAUCUACGAGCCAGCACAUGACACGACUAGAGACUCUACAGGCUGAGAUUAAGAUGCUGUCGGAGAGGAAGAUGGAGCUGGAACGCCGCAUGCACGCUAUGCUGGAGGAGAACGAGCUGCUGCAGAGUACAGUGGACGACCUCAGAGAGAGGACGCUGGUGUUGGAGAAGCAGUGUCACGAGAAGGACCUUCAGUUGCGACAGAGCCAGCUGGAGCUCCAGGAGGUUCAGGUGUCCCACAGGCGGCUGACUGCUCAGCUGGAGGAGCUGACAGAGGAGCACAGCCUCCACAGCCUCACCCCACACCCAUCCAGCCUGCUGUGUGAGAUAGAACAGAGCAUGGAGCAGGAGGAGCAGGAGCAGGAGAGGGAGCAGUUGCGUCUUCAGCUAUGGGAGGCAUACUGUGAGGUCCGCUCACUCUGCUCCCAUCUCCGGGGAAAUGACGUCACAGACUCAGCGCUGUCCACCGACUCUUCCAUGGACGAGUCCUCGGAGACGUCCUCAGCCAAGGAUGUGCCUACUGGCAGCCUCCACACCAGCCUACUGGAGCUACGGAGGCUGACACAGAAUCUGCUGGAUGGCAACGAGUCCACGGGCUCACGGCGCAGUGAUGAGGAGGCUCUGGAGGAGCAGGUGAGGAGGCUGGGAGAAGAGCUGAGAGAAGUCAGAGAGCUGUACGAAGCUGAGCAGGACAAAACUCGCAGCAACGAAGAGGAGCUGCUGCAGCUGCACAAUCAGAUGGCGCUGCUCUCUGUAGAGAUGUGUUCCCUCCGGGAUGAGAACAAGCGGGUGAGGAUGAUGGCUGAAGUCCGAGAACCCAGUGAGCAGCUCCAGAGUGCUAUCAGAGACAGAGAUGACGCCAUAGCCAAAAAGAAAGCGGUGGAGAUGGAGCUGGCCAAGUGUAAAAUAGACAUCAUGUCUCUGAAUAGCCAGCUCCUGGACGCCAUCCAGCAGAAACUCAACUUGUCGCAACAGCUGGAGGCCUGGCAGGAUGAUAUGCACAGAGUGAUUGACCAGCAGUUGAUGGACAAGCACCAGGACGAGUGGCGCUUGGCCCCUUCCUCCCUGUCAGGGUCAACGAGGGCCCACAGCGGUCAGUCCUCCAGACGAGCUCACCGCAUUUCCGACCGGGACAAGAGACUUUUCUCUUUUUUCAAAAAGAACUGAGCCCUGUUGGACUGGCCCCGGGCACAGCGGACAGACAGACACAGACGGACGAAGCGAGGGACAAGGAGGGAGUGACAUCGCAGCAAAGGGGUAACAACACAGCCAAAGACAGGCAGUGGCACAUGCUGAGGUUUGGGGGGGUCAUUUUGCACUUUAUCUGUCCCAUUACUCUUCUCCGUACUGGUUAAUCAGUGACUGCUGACAGUGAGAGAUAGAAAUAUAAGAAUAGGACUUCCCCAGAGGCUUUGGCUUAGGUCCCUCUCAUAGAAAGCUACUGGUCUUACAGAACAUGAACAGGGUCACAAAGUUUACCUCCAAAGAGGAGGGUUUCCUUGUAGUGCCUAUGACCAUCUCUACUAGCCCACUGCCAACUCUGUAGAGAGGGGAACACUAUGUACAAAACUCUUAUUGUAUGCAUCCCAGUUAUCAGGCCAAGGAGUCUGGGGAAAGGACAGGUGGAUAUAUGGGACAUUGCAGGAUGAUGGGAAAAGGUGAGAACAGUAGGACAGAGCUGUACGUCAGAAUACGAUGAUGAACAGAGUGAUGAAGCUGCAGCCGACCCAUCUGAUCUCUCAGGUUUAUUCAUUUGUUCAGGGGAUGUUCAGAACAUGAGGCAACAGCUUUAUGUAUCAGAACCACAGCGCACUGUAUAUCUGAGAAAACAAUUGACAAAGAGAAUUUACAACCAUAAAGGUUUUUCUUUUUUAUUUUACAGAGUAUUGCUAUCAUGUCUAAGACUCAACCUUCCAAUCAGAAUGGUUGUAGAGGCCUUUAAAGGGGCGCAUCAGUAAUUGACUCCCAUAAAGUGGAGGGACUCACAAGAGAGAUAUUAAAGCUGUGCCAAACAAUAUUUUUAUGUGAAAUAUGGAUCAAAUAACUGUGUAAUGUGAAAGGGGCCGCUGGUAGUGACAAACCACAGAACAUUGUCCCUAGAUUCUGCAGUUUUCCUCAGCUCUAUUGAGCAUUUCAACCCCUUUUUUUAAAGUUAUUUUUUUCUUAUUAUUUCUGGCCACACCUUUACCAUUUAGGUUCAGUCCCACCACCCUCUUCAACUCAGUUUUCAGCAGCACGCAGCUCUAAUAAACCCACUGUAUGCUGGCACUAAACUACAGACAGACAGAGUCAGUGACCUGCUGGUGAAUAUAUUGCAGUGUUUAGCAGCUAAAGACGCAGAUAUUUCCCUCAGGAGUGGACUGGAGUCCAAAACAAAAGUAGAAUGAAAGUGAAUUUUGGCCCUAAACCUUUUAGGUAGCCAGUAACACAAAUUCAUAUUAUUGCUAAUGCCGUGCAGUGCCUGCUGUGAUGUUGAUGAUAAACAGUUAACAUUUGCUGGUAGCUGGUAACAUAGCAGGUAGUUCCAUUAGCCAAAAUAAAUAGAUAAGUAAGCACAGCUUUUGAAAACUUCAAAAUCAAAGCAGCAGAGGCCAAAAGAUCCUGCUUUUUAUGCUGCAUUCACUUCUCCUUGGAUGGUCCCAUUUCCAGUGGGGAAGUCCAACUUCAGUGUGUUCAUAUGCUUUUUAGUGUGGACUGUGGCAACAACAUGGAGGCCACAGAGACAAUGUAUUGUAUUUUAUGACUCAGAGCGUUUAAACACAUUGACAUUGGUUUCCAAUAAACUGUUGCUUUACCUGACUUGUUAUCAGGGUCACUGCGAAUCAGUUAGCAAAAACCUAAUAUGCAAUACCUGAAUUAAUCAAAAUUGCUAAGAAAUUUGCAGACUUCCCAAGUUGUUGUUACAACUUUUCUCUCUUGCUUAGUAAAUGCCCACAUUUUUAAUGUUUAAGAAGCCCAGUUGGUGGAACUCCCUUUUAGGUUUGUUCUUCUCUUUGUCCCCAAAACCAAGAUUAAGUUUCAUUUAUCACUGAGGUAAAACACAAUCAAGUCCGUGCAGGCAAGUGAAUGUAUAAAAACCAGCACUUCUUAUUUGGGACUAUCUUACAUCUGUGGUGAACUCUAUGAGGCCUUCAUGUUCAUCUCUGACAUCUGAAUAAACCUGUGGGUGGCUGAAGUUACUGACAGCAUCUGUGCAGGUGGUAUGUUCUACAGUUCACAUUAUAUUUAACAUUUAAACAUUUAUUCUUUUUCAAAGAAAAAGACACUGUCUAGCAUUGUCCUCAUGAUGUCAAUCAUCUUCCUAGUCGACCAAAUUUUCAAAAUGUUUACAUCAGCUUGAGGAGGAGGAAGAACUACAAUGGGUAGAAUGCUCAUCAAUUCUCCAAGUCAAUCAAUCCAGCUCAACAAUAACCUGUUGAAUUUCAUGUGGUUAAAAAGCAUGGGGGUGUAAGAAACUCCUCUAAACUUCCUCUGCAGUGGUCAACAUCUGAGCUGCUUUGGUUUGUCACUAAUAGAAAAGGUCUACCUCCAUUCUCAUUGCUUCAAUACUUCAUGGGCACUUUGAUUUCUUAGCUGCCGGGCUUCCGUUUUAGGUGACAUAUCUGUAACUCCAUUGGUAAAACAGUGUGUAUUGACCUGAAAUCUCUGAGCAUGAAUGACUUACAGUGUGGCACAGUGAUGUCUCAUGUCUGUCUGCGUUUGAACUCGCGUCUGAUGCAGCUGUGCAAACCUAUGCAGAUGUCUUCUUGUCAUUUCAGCUGGUUGUUGGGAAGGAUCAACCCAAAGAAUGAUUUUUAUAAAAAGUCAAAUAGGUUUGGAUGAAAUCAAUAUAUUUAUAAGAAAAAAAAAUGCAUACAUUUUGAAUGAAAAUCUUUUUUUAGAGAGAAAUAUACCUGUACAUUGUUAUUUGUAGGCUCUUUUUUCAUGUAUGUUCUAACAGUGAGCAGGAAUUCCACUGGUGAGUUGAACUCAUAUGUUUAUUUGACUGUUCAGGUGUGGCAUGCAGUGGAACUGGCAAAGGAUAUUCACGAGUACUUCUGUGUUCUGUCCAAAUUAUUCACUAAAAAGAUGUGAACAUUUACUGGAAGACUCAUGAAUCUCAGUUUUUAAUCCAAGAGUGCCCAAGAAACAGCAAAUUCAUAAACCAGUUCAGUCCAGCUGACAGCUCUUAGUAACACUCUCUGAUAAGUCAUCCUUUAUAAACGGUUGUAAAUAGUGACUUUAUUAAUGGUUAAUAACUUGUUUACAAAUUCUUUAUAAGGAGAAAAAUGAAUAAGAAUAACCAUUAUGUUGACAGGUUGUGAAAAUGUCUCUGACUGUUGAGUUAUUUAUAAAGUCAAGUCAUUUAACUAAUAGUUCUACAUUUCUGGUCAUGGUUUCCCAAAAUGUAGAACUAUUCCUUUAAUAGACUAAUAAAAAAAUUAAAUGUUUAGUCUUACGUAGUUAUAAAUGUUAACAGCUAACAAAAGUUAGUAAGUCUGUGAAUGUCCGUAACUCAUUAAUUAAGGGUUCUUAAAAUAAGUUUAGGUCCAAAGGCUCUGCUGCACUUUUCCAAAUAAUUCACUGGAUGAGUUAAGGAGAUGAAACAGUCAAAUUGAGUAUCCUGCUGGAAGAUGUUAAACAACAGCCUCAGAAUUUUCACAACUUGAAAAGCCCGAUAUUUAUCCCUCUUGUUAUUUUAUUUAAUCUUUAUUUAAGCAGAAACCAUUAAAAAAAAUCAAUUUUCCAAGAGUGUUCUGGUUAAGAUAAGCAGCACUAACAAUGAGAAAGAAUGAAACAGAUAAUCUGACACAUAGUAACAGUCAGAAUUAAACAGAAAGACAGCUGAUUUAGCCAUUUUAGAUCUAACUACAGAAGGUUUUAGGGAUUAGUUAAUGAUUUAUUAAGCAUUAAUAUAGCCAUUAAAACCUCCGUACAGAUGGUGCCUUAUUAGAAAGUUCUUUCACUGCACCUGUCUGAAUGGACCUGAUCAGAACAUGGUCCUCCCACAGGCAGGAACAUGUUCCAGGUGUGAAAUAAGAAACUGAAACUUGACGUCUGUGUUUGAGGCUCUUUUUUCAUUGACUGACUGACAGGAAGGAUCUGUUUCUGCCUUGGAUUAAACACCAGUCACUCCUGCCAUUACCAAACUGUAAUUUGUCUCUUUUCAUGUCACAUUUUCACUAAUAUUUGGUUCUGUCCACAUUAUGUCCUAAUUGCUGUUUCUGUUUCUUGUUUGUAUGUAUUGUUCCAGACUGUCACUGCGACACUGUAGACCGUACUGAUUCAUUUUCCAAUUGAAAGUAUUUUUAAAACACUGGCUGCUGCGUCUUUCUGUGGCAAACAUCCCGAGUGUGUCAACACCCGUCGAGUGUGUGUUGCGGUGACAGACAGACAUGCCAUUGAGUAUGUGUGUUUUCUGUUGCUCGACUCCACUCGGUCAGAUGUUGUUUUGGAAUUUAGUGCUUUCGGUGGGCUCAUUGUACUCCGUGUGAGUGCUUCCAUUCACCACUGACUAACGGCACUGUUUCAGUUACAGAAUGCUUCAAUCUAUUCAAAAUAUUUAUCAUGCAAUUUUCUUAGCAUUUUGGGGAUUUUUUUGUACAAAUAAAUACUUUACAAUCUG